GUCGGUUCGGAUCUAAGCGGGUCGGGUCGGACUAGAGCCCGGCACAGCUCGGCACAGCCCGCAGGGCGCGGAUCGCGGCGGGGAUGGCGGUGCCCGAGCCGGACGCGCGGCUGGCGCAGGAGAAGGAGGAGGAGAGCGAGGAGGAGAGCGAGGUGCUGGAGGAGAGUCCCUGCGGCCGCUGGCAGAAGCGCCGCGAGCAGGUGAACCAGGGGAACAUGCCUGGCAUCCAGAGCACCUUCCUGGCCAUGGACACUGAGGAGGGCGUGGAGGUGGUGUGGAACGAGCUGCUCUUCACCGACAGGAAGGCCUUCAAAGCGCACGAGGAGAAGAUCCAGACCAUGUUUGAGCAGCUGGUGCUGGUGGAUCACCCCAACAUUGUCAAACUGCACAAGUACUGGCUGGACGUCAGGGACAGCAAGGCCCGGGUGAUUUUCAUCACAGAGUACGUGUCCUCGGGGAGCCUCAAGCAGUUCCUGAAGAAAACCAAGAAGAACCACAAGGCCAUGAACGCCCGGGCCUGGAAGCGCUGGUGUACCCAAAUCCUCUCGGCUCUCAGUUUCCUGCACUCCUGUGACCCCCCCAUCAUCCACGGGAACCUGACCAGUGACACCGUGUUCAUCCAGCACAACGGGCUCGUCAAGAUCGGCUCCGUUUGGCACCGGGUGUUUGCCAAUGCGCUCCCGGACGAUCUGCGCAGCCCCAUGAGGAUCGAGCGCGAGGAGCAGCGGAACCUGCACUUCUUCCCUCCGGAAUAUGGCCAGAAGGCAGACGGGACGGCCGUGGACAUCUUCUCCUUCGGGAUGUGUGCGCUGGAGAUGGCCGUGCUGGAGAUCCAGACCAACGGGGACACGCGGGUGUCAGAGGAGGCGAUCGCGCGGGCCCGGCACUCCCUGGAUGACCCCAACAUGAGGGAGUUCAUCCUGUCCUGCCUGACCCUGAACCCCGACCGGCGCCCCAGCGCCAACAGCCUCCUGUUCCACCGCGUGCUCUUCGAGGUGCACUCGCUGAAGCUGCUGGCAGCUCACUGCUUCAUCAACCACCAGUAUCUGAUGCCCGAGAACGUGGUGGAGGAGAAGAUCAAGGAGCUGGAUCUGAACAUGGUCAUGGCCGAGAUCCGCAGGGAGGGGCGGCCCGGGGUGCAGUGGAGGUACUCUGAGGUGUCCUUCCUGGAGCUGGACAAGUUCUUGGAAGACGUCAGGAACGGGAUUUACCCCCUGAUGAACUUCGCCGCCUCCCGGCCCCACGCGCUGCCCCGAGCCCUGUCCCAGCCCCCGGAGGACCCACAGAAAGCCAAAACCCCCACGCCAGAGCCCUUCGACGUGGAGACCAGGAAGGUGGUGCAGAUGCAGUGCAACAUGGAGCUGAACGAGGACAAGAGCCAGUGGCACCUCACGCUCCUGCUGAUCCUGGAGGACAAGCUGCACCGCCAGCUCAGCUACGACCUGCUGCCCACUGACAACUCCAAGGAUUUGGCCACAGAGCUGGUGCAUUACGGGUUCAUCCACGAGGACGACUGUGAGAAGCUGGCCGCGUUCCUGGAGAGCGCCUUCCACAAGCACCGCUCCCAAGCCCUGUGAGCCCAGCCCAGGGGACUGAGGCACCCCGGGAGGACCCCAAAGGGCUCCCCGGCCCCAGCCAGCCCAGCAGGACCCACCGGGCCCACGGGACUCGGCCAGGCCGUGCUCAGGGCUCGGCCAAGCCCAGGAGUUCAUCCUGGGCCCUGCUCCGGUCCCUGCUCCGAGGGGAGCGCCCUCGACAGGGCCUUGCCCGGGGGUUUGGGAGCUGCUGCAGGAGCCCCCAGCCGGAUCCACGUCCCUCUGGGGAGGACCAGCCCCUCUCCUGCAGCUCCCACAGCUGAUUCCUGCCCCUUUGCCAUCUGGAGCGCUCCUUGCUGAGGGAAGGGAGGGGAGGAGCAGGCUCGGAGAGCCCCGUGGAGAUUCCCAUGUGCCACAUUCCGCUCUGGAGCCCGGAAUUCUCCAGGUCUGGGGUCUGCAGGGUGCUGCCUGUGCUCAGAGCCCUCCCCGUGAGCUGGACGUGAGAAGGAAUCCCUGACCCACCACCAGGAAUGUCACUGAUGCUCCACAGAACCCUUGGCAUGGCCCAGCUCCCCCUGCAGCCUUCCACAAUCUCUCAGAGAGAGCCCUGGAGCCGUUCCUGCCCGGCCUGGAGAUGGGGCACUGCC